AUGAGGAGCCCGGAUCUGUUCCUGCUGGCAUGUUGCGUGGGCAGCCUAUGCACAUUGGGAGGUGCGUCUGACGUGGAGAAGUCUCUGAUGAAGACGCUCUUUACCGGCUACAACCUGAAGGUGCGGCCAGCAGCCAGCGCUGCCGAGAGGGUGGUGGUUCGUGUGGGGAUGGUCCUUUCCUCCUUUGUUGGACUGAAUAUGAAAAAUGAAGAAAUGAGCACCACUGUUUUCAUGAACCUGGAAUGGACAGAUUAUCGGUUGUCAUGGAAACCCAAGGAGCAUGAUGGGAUUGAGGUGAUGCGUUUUCCCGCUGGGAAGGUUUGGCUGCCUGACAUAGUCCUCAUAAAUAAUAACAACGGGGUGUUCGACGUAGCGCUGCACGUCCACGUCCAGGCGUAUAGUAACGGCAGAGUGACCUGGACGCCCCCUGCGCUCUACUGCAGCUCCUGUGGAGUUAAGGUGGAAUACUUCCCGUUCGACUGGCAGAACUGCACCAUGCAGUUCCGCUCCUACACGUACGACUCCACGGAGAUCAACGUGCAGUACGCGCUGGACUCGAAAGGCAACGAGAUCAAGGAGAUCCAGCUGGACGAAGCCUACACCGAGGGGGGCGAGUGGCACAUCACGCACAGGCCGUGCAGGAAGAACAUGAACGAUGACCUGUACGAGGACAUGACCUUCUACCUCAUCAUAGAGAGGAAGCCCCUGUACUACGUCUUCAACAUCAUCGUCCCCUGCAUCCUCAUCACCAUCAUCGCCAUCUUCAACUUCUACCUGCCUCCCGACGCAGGAGAGAAGAUGGGUCUGUCGAUCAACGUGUUGCUCACCCUCACUGUGUUCCUGCUGCUGCUGGCGGAUAAGAUCCCGGAGACGUCCCUGGGGGUCCCGAUCAUCGUCAACUACAUCAUGUUCACCAUGAUCCUGGUCACAUUCUCUGUCAUCCUCAGCGUGGUUGUCCUAAACCUGCACCACCGCUCAGCCAACACCCACCGGAUGCCCAUCUGGGUCCGCAAGAUCUUCAUCCACCUGCUGCCUCCUUACCUGGGCAUGCUGAGGCCAAAGGUAGAGACCCCCCUCUCCCUGGAGAUCAUGCCCCGUCGAGAGAAGAAGAUGGUCAGCAUCAGCAAGGUGGCAGAUGAAUACUUCAUCCGCAAGCCCGACUCCUCCAUCUUGUUCCCCAAGCCCAACAGGUUUCAUCCGGAGGGUAUGUGCACGGAUAUGAGGAAGUUCAUCGACGGCCCCAGCAGCUACCUCACGCUGCCUGACGAGCUCAAGUCGGCCAUAGAGGCCAUCACAUAUAUCGCUCAGGCUCUGCAGUCCGAGAAGGACUCCGAGGCGCUGAAAGAGGACUGGCAGUAUGUGGCCAUGGUGGUGGACCGCAUGUUCCUCUGGAUCUUCGUCGUCUUCACCACUGUGGGCACCUUGGCCAUCUUUGCUGAUGCUAGCUUCAACCACACCCCCACCGACCCCUUCAAAGCCCCCUGA